AAGACUAAAUGACCUUAAUGGCAUCGACAAAAACUUUAUACCUUUCUCUAAAACAUGUGAGAAUAUCUGCAAGGGUCCACUUCUUUGGACCACCCUGUACAUUCAUAUUGUGCGUCACUAAGUUAUCUGAUUGUUUCUUCAAAAUGCAUGAAGUACACGUUGAAGCGUUUUUCUUUUUAGCAACAGCAUCUUAAUAUUAUCCAGAUUUCUAGAUUUCAAUGCUAUUUUAUUAAUUUGUUACAGUCUCGAACUUUUUUGUGGAAGGCGGUUGUCAGGUUGGGACAUCCUACCUGUUGUCCUUGUAUAUAGUUACUGAAUGUUUUUUUUACUUAGAUGAAGAAAAGAUCCUAGGUUUUGUAUAUGGUUAUCAGACAAUUUUCUGAUAUUUUCUUCAUCCAAUAUCAGACCUCGUAUGAAGCGAUUUAUAUAUUGAUUAGAAUAUUGAGUAAAUAAAAUCUUAGAAUUGGCUUUUGAUGCCCUCGCUUAUAUUCAUAUCGAUAUAUUUACUUAGCGAUCAACUAGUGCCGAGUGUUAUAAAGAGUACCGUCUGUAAAUAAAAUACGUCAGAGUUGAAGAAUGGUUGUCGAUAUUUCCCAUUGUCAUUGCAUACAAGUGUUAAAUGUUUUCACUUGAUAUUCUUAGAUCAGUCUAUAACUUGUACAAACCAGAGCUGGUAAUGUAGCAACAGGGUCUUCGUGUUGAAAUAUAAUAAGUGGCAAACAUUUACAAUUAUUCAUAGAUACUAAAAGAUAAUUGCCUCUCCACUGGAACUGCUCGGUCCUGAACUCUGAUGUGUGUUUUAUACUGUAGUGUUAUAGAUUCGUCGCCAUGAUAGUGUCAGUAUUUGGAGCAACAGGUGUCCAGGGCGGGUCUGUGCUACAAGCACUCUCCCAGGAUCCCUCUUUCACUGAGGUCCGCGCCCUCACUCGUAACUCACAACAGGCAGAUACACAAUUGAGAAAAACGAAAGGAAUCAACUUUGAUCGUGUUUCGGUAAUCCAGAUCGAUUUCAAUGAUAUUUCAUCCGUCAAAAAUGCAAUUAAAGGUUCCAAUUGUUGCUUCGUUGUGACCAAUAGUGACCUUAGGGAUCCGUCAACGAUGAAAAAUGAACUGGUCCAAGGGACGCUUAUUGCAGACGCGUGUAGGGACACAAGAAUAGAACAUGUAGUAUUCAGCACUCUCAUGCCAGUUCAACGGAUUAUCGGGGUACACGCACGACAUUGUGAUUCAAAGGCCCAGGUCGAGGACUAUAUGAAGCAGAUAGGGCUGCCAUUGAGCUGUAUCAUGUUGCCGUUCUAUUUUGAGGAUUUCUUGGAUAUAUUCAAGCCGAGGAAACUUGGGACUGGUGUUUAUGGCUUCGAUAUUCCCAUGUCAAGAGUGCCCAUUGGACUUAUGAGUUGCAGAGAUAUAGGCGAAUGUGUCAAAGAAAUAUUCAUGUGCAAGAACAAGUAUCUAAACCACACCAUCAAUCUCUGUGCGAAUGUUCUUACUGUAAGGGAGAUCGCUGAUAUAUUCAACAAGCAUCUGGUACCAAACUCCUUCAAAGACACCCAGCUGACACUGGACAACUAUCGUCAGUUAGGAUGGCCAGGCUGUAUUGACUAUGGGAAUAUGUUUGAUUUCCUGAUCCGUGUGGACACUACACACAAUGUCCCCCUGACUGAGAAGUUGCACCCUGGGCUAAAGAAGUUUGAACAAUGGGUGAUGGACAAUCGGACUUAUCUGUUGCAUAUUCUUGAAUAAUAUGAUGGUAUUGACAUCUUUCCUUCUCUUACAAGAGGCUUCUUUGUUGCCACCCUUUCCCUUGCUUGUAAUAUAAGAAUUGUUAAAAACUAGACUUAUGUGCUCUCAAAAUUAUUUUUGAGGAACUGAUAAAGUGAUAAUAGCUAGAAUAAAUAUUAACCGGAUUCAAGCACAAUACUAAUAAGUUACCAAUAAGUUAUUUAAUGAUUUGAAGU